CCGCAACUUCCCAAAAACAAUCUAGGCGCUCGCGUCCGUACCCCCAUAGACCGGGUCCACGCGCGCACGGGCGGGCGGGAAUCCCCCUCCGUUGUUUCCUAGGCCGCACCGCAGUCGCCCUCGCCGCCUCCGUCUCCGUCGGUUCGUCGGGCGCAAUAGAAAAACUACCGAACGCGCCGCCGCUCCUGCCCCGUAUCUAUACCACCGAAGGCGAGGAAGGGGGGCCAAGGACGAGCGCUUUUUCGUGCCCGCUGGCCAUUGCCGCUGCUCACGAGCCUCCCGCCCCGCGCUGCCCUGCCCUCUGCGGCUCUGCCCCAACGAGCCCCAGGAGAGCCAGGUAAAGGAGCCGUCAAAAGCCCCCGCCGAGGAGAGCACGCAAGGGUAAGCCCACCUACCAACGAAGCCCCAUCUCUUCGCCUUGCCCUUCUCCUUCGAUUAGAUUGGAUCCCGGCCGCCGUCGCUGCAGUCAGACAUGGCGUCAACCGUUACCUUCAGCCUAAUUAGCACCCAAGCUGGGUUGAUCCAUAAGCCAAGGAACCUUGGAGCCACAAGCUACGCUGGCUUAAAGGUGCCGAGCUUUGGCUCUGAAUCAUCAUUCUUGGGUAGGAACGCAUCCCUUCGGGCGGCUGUUACUACAAGGAUUGUGCCCAAGGCAAAGUCUGGAUCUCAGAUAUCGCCACAUGCAUCUUACAAGGUGGCGCUGCUCGGUGCUGCUGGUGGCAUCGGUCAACCCUUGGGCCUAUUGAUUAAGAUGUCUCCCCUGGUGUCCGAGCUGCAUCUGUAUGAUAUUGCUAAUGUCAAGGGAGUCGCUGCAGAUCUCAGCCACUGCAACACGCCCGCUCAGGUACUUGACUUCACUGGGCCCUCAGAGUUAGCCAGCUGCUUGAAAGGCGUGGAUGUUGUUGUCAUCCCUGCCGGGGUCCCAAGGAAGCCGGGCAUGACUCGUGAUGACCUUUUUAACAUCAACGCGAGCAUCGUCAAGUCACUUGUUGAGGCUGUCGCGGACAAUUGCCCCGAGGCGUUCAUCCAUAUCAUCAGCAACCCGGUGAAUUCCACCGUGCCAAUCGCAGCAGAGGUUUUGAAGCAGAAGGGCGUCUACAAUCUCAAGAAGCUUUUUGGGGUUACCACCCUGGAUGUUGUCAGGGCUAACACAUUUGUGGCGCAGAAGAAGAACCUUAAGCUCAUCGAUGUUGAUGUCCCAGUUGUUGGUGGCCAUGCUGGGAUCACAAUUCUGCCGUUGCUAUCAAAGACCAGGCCGUCCGUCACCUUCACAGAUGAGGAAGCUGAGGAGCUGACAAAGAGGAUACAGAAUGCCGGGACAGAGGUGGUGGAGGCAAAGGCUGGUGCUGGGUCUGCUACCCUGUCCAUGGCCUACGCUGCUGCCAGAUUCGUCGAGUCGUCUCUCCGCGCCCUGGCCGGUGACCCCGAUGUUUACGAGUGCACAUUUAUCCAGUCCGAGGCAACCGAUCUGCCAUUCUUCGCAACAAGAGUCAAGCUCGGCAAGAGUGGUGUCGAAUCCAUCGUUUCUGCCGACCUCGAGGGAGUGACCGAGUGCGAGGCCAAGGCGCUUGACGCGCUUAAGGCCGAGUUGAAGGGAAGCAUUGAGAAGGGUGUCGCCUUCGCCAGCAAACAGCAGGAGGCUGCUGCAUCUGUUUGAAGUGAAGCAAGUGAAUUGGAUGUCCACAAGAGAAUAAAGGGACAAUGGUCUUGAAUGGCUUUUAAGUUUUGCAGCCUAGAGUUUUUUGUUUUGUUUUGGUGUCAACGUGUAGGAGGAAGACGCAGAGAUGGUUGCUGUUGCUGUUAGUUUCUAAUUACUACGCGGGGACUGGACAUCCAUGCCCCCCCAAGUUAUCGCAUGUUUCUAAACCAGGCCCUGCUUAACACCACAUAUCUAUUUUUUUUCUACUCUUGUAUUGUGGUUCUGUUUGUAGCUUGUUCGAGUUUACGAACUACAAAGAAGCUAAUAAAAACACUUGUAUUGAAAGUGAUGUGCUCCA